AUGGUCACAAUUUCGACCACUUCGGAGGAUAAGACAUCAAAUUGUGUAGCGACUCCGAAGAAGAAGCAAAUGGCAUCGACAGCGACAUCAUCAGGAACGGUAGCGGGUAAUAGUACAUCAUCGUCAUCAAAUAAUGAGAAUAAUUCUGACCAAAUGGCACCGAAUAUAUUAGUCUAUAAGAAAAUGGAAGCAAUUAUUGAGCGAAUGCAAGCGGAAAACGGUGGAGUGACUGUGCGUACUGUCAAGGCAUUUAUGUCAAAAAUCCCAUCAGUUUUCAGUGGAGCUGACCUAAUAAGUUGGAUAUUAAAAAAUCUCGAUGUUGAGGACGCCCAAGAAGCUUUACAUCUCGCAUACUUAUUAGCAUCACAUGGUUAUUUAUUUCCAAUCGACGAUCACUAUCUGACGGUCAAAAAUGACAAUACAUUCUAUCGAUUUCAAACACCUUACUUCUGGCCAUCAAAUUGCUUCGAACCAGAGAACACCGAUUAUGCUGUCUAUCUUUGUAAACGUACAAUGCAAAAUAAGACCCGUCUGGAGUUGGCCGACUAUGAAGCUGAAAAUCUCGCAAAGUUACAGAAAAUGUUUAGUCGAAAGUGGGAAUUUAUAUUUAUGCAGGCUGAAGCACAAAGUAAAGUUGAUAAGAAACGUGAUAAAUUAGAACGUAAAGUAUUAGACUCACAGGAGCGAGCAUUUUGGGAUGUCUUCCGACCAAUGCCCAAUAGUAUUAAUACGACUGAAGUUGAUAUUAAAAAAGCGUACAGGAAAGGUGGAUCAUCGCUUGGUUCGGGUAGCUCGGGUUCAACACGUGUUCAUAAUAAUCUAUCCGUCGAGCAAUUAACUCGUCAUGUUCAAAUGCUGAAAUUGAAACUUGAACGUCGGACGAUCAAAAUUUCCAAAGUUGCUGAAUCUUACAUUUCAUACUUCGAACAAUUUCGAGAAUAUGAUCCAUUCUUAUCGCCACCUGAAUAUCCAAAUCCAUGGACGACAGACAGCACAGAGUUCUGGGAAAUGAACAAAGAGAUUUCGUUGAAACGAGUUAAACGUUGGGGCUUUAGCUUACGUGAGUUGCUGAAGGAUCCAGCGGGAAGAGAGCAGUUUGCAAAGUUUUUGGAUAAGGAGUUUAGCGGAGAAAAUUUGAAAUUUUGGGAGGCGAUACAGAACCUAAAAUCAUUGCCACAAUCACAAGUGAAGGAGGCGGCAAAGAAGAUAUUUGAUGAAUUUUUAGCACAAGACUCACCAUGUCCAGUCAAUGUUGAUUCCAAAUCAGUUGAAUUAGCAAAAGCUGCACUCACAAACGGACCGAGUUUCUUCUGUUUUGAUGUUGCCGCCGAGCAUAUUUAUUUAUUAAUGAAGAAUGACAGCUAUCCACGAUAUUUAAGAUCUGAUAUUUAUAAGGAGUGCUUAAACGGAUCAAAGAAAAAAGUCAAAUCAAUUCCAAAUCUCUUUGGGAAAAUUCAACGAUAA